CAUCUCUACAUGAACUCGUCUUAUAAAUAGACGAUAUUGCAGAUCAGCACACACACGGCAUUCCAAUCAUUCCGUCUUCCGACUUCACUUUCACUUUUACGACCGACGGCAACCUCCAAGCUUCAAAAUGUCGAAGUUAUCAAAAGGCGAGAUCGAAGACGCUCGUGAGGUCUUUGACCUUUUUGAUUUCUGGGAUGGUCGGGACGGAGAUGUAGACGCAUGCAAGAUCGGUGAUGUGUGUAGAUGUCUAGGAAUCAACCCAACUAAUGCUGUUAUCAAGAAGAAUGGCGGAACAGAAAAGAUGGGUGAGAAAGGCUACAAAUUUGAAGAUUUCCUUGCUUUUUAUGAAACUGUCCAACAACAGACAGAACAGGGUACAUACGCCGACUACAUGGAGGCUUUCAAAACUUUCGACAGGGAAGGUCAGGGUUACAUUUCCGGAGCUGAGAUGAGACAAGUAUUGUCUUCAUUAGGUGAAAAAUUAACAGACGAACAAGUCGAUGACAUCAUUAGACUUACAGAUUUGCAAGAAGAUUUAGAAGGAAACGUAAAAUAUGAGGAAUUUAUAAAGAAAGUGAUGGCUGGCCCAUACCCUGACUAAAUGAACAGAGGAUCUCAUAAUAACAAUAAACUCUUACAAAUUUUCAUCUGUGAAACAGUAUCAAAAUUCUUCUCAAGUUAGGUCUUACAAAAUGUCACUGUAGCCUUUCUGUUACUAAGGAGGUUGUAUAACCAAAAUAAAACAUAUGCUGUCAAUAAUUUAAAUAUAUCUUUCAAUUUUCAACAAGCCGUCCUUUCCAUUUUGUAAGACCUAAUUUUUUCAUAAAUAUGUAUUUUGCCGUGUGUUAUUGUUCAAUUUUAAUGUUAAUUUGCAAAAUAACCGGUACCGGUUAAGCUGACGUCACGUUUGGUUUCAGAUGACAUCAUUUCCGAAUCAUUUUGAUUCGCAGUUGUACAGAUAUAUAUAAUUGUAAAUUAAGAAUGAAUGGGAAGGACAUGUAAAGCGGAUAUCCUUUUUGCAUCUUCUAUGUGUGUAAAAUAGUGAGAUAUUUAUUAUUAUUUAUUAUUAUUUUCCCAUUAAAAGCCGUUUCCUUAUGAAA